UCCAUCACCCUUCAACAUUAUGCGCUUGCGUAUUACACGUGUUCGCCAUCAUGGACAUCUCAUCGUGGUUCGAAGAUGUGAGACGGAUGAAUAAAAGACAGCUCUUUUAUCAAGGAUUGAAUUUUGCCAUGAUAGUUUCAUCUGCUCUCAUGAUCUGGAAAGGAUUAAUGGUGGUUACUGGAAGCGAGAGUCCUAUAGUUGUAGUUUUGAGUGGAAGCAUGGAGCCAGCUUUUCAGCGCGGCGACCUUUUGUUUCUCACGAAUAAAGAAGAUCCAAUUCGUGUUGGAGAAAUCGUUGUAUUUAAAGUUGAAGGGCGUGAAAUACCUAUCGUUCACCGAGUUUUAAAGAUACAUGAAAAAGAGAAUGGAUCAAUAAAAUUCUUAACAAAAGGUGACAAUAACUCAGUUGAUGACCGUGGUCUCUAUGCUCCUGGUCAGAUGUGGUUAGAGAGAAAAGAUGUAGUUGGACGAGCAAGAGGGUUUGUCCCUUAUGUUGGCAUGGUAACAAUUCUCAUGAAUGAUUAUCCAAAAUUUAAAUAUUUCAUUCUUGCUGGAUUGGGUGCAUUUGUUCUUUUACACAGAGAAUGAUGGUGGAAAAUAUAACAAGAAAAAGUGACCAAACUCAAAGAGUAGAAGACUUUAAUAUCACUCCCCCUUUAACUUUUUAAAAUCCUUUAAUUCUAGCCUCGAGCUGCUAUGCAUUUCCGAAAAUAACCAUUAGUUACCAGGAUUUGGUGGUAGAUCAAGAUAAUAUCUUCUACCUCACAAGUUGGAAUAUUCUCAUUACAUGUUUUAACUUGUAAGAAAUCACAUCUGAGAUUUAAAUAGUUAGAACAAAGGUUAAAGAGUUAGAUCAUGGUACACUGUAUAAGAAAGCCUCUCAAAGUUGAUGAUACAAAAAACUAUUUUCAAUGAUAUUUUGUUGUGUGACUAACUUUCUUGUUCUGCCCAUGGCAACAGUCAUUGAGAACAUAUUUGUACUAGCUGUUUGAACAGCCUUUCAUAGCCAUGUAUCACCUGCAAGCACUCUGUCCAGCACUCAAUGGUUUUGUUUUGUUUUGUUUUGUUUUUUUUUUGCAAACCUCGUGAACUUACCCUAUUUAUGAACAGAAAUAAACAGAUUGAUUUUAUAAAUUA